AUGGCGAGCGUGGACAAGACCAUCCCACCCAAAGAUGAAGAAGUAAACAGCGAUUCGGUAAAUUCCCCAAUUUCGGAGCCCCGGAAAAUCAAAUGGUACCGGUCGACAUUCUACAAUGCGCUCAUUCUUGGCCUCUGCAACUUUUUGGCUCCUGGCAUCUGGGGCGCGAUGAAUUCGCUAGGUGGAGGAGGCGAAGAAAAACCAUACCUCGUCAACGCAGCGAACGCAUUGACAUUUGGGUUGAUGGUGGUGUCCUGUUUUCUCUCAAGUGUUGUUGUUCGCAUCAUCGGAAUCAAAUGGACGCUGAUCGUCGGGACAAUGGGAUACGCACCCUAUGCGGCUGGGCUGUAUAUCAACAACCGGUUUGGCCAGGAAUGGCUAAUAAUCCUGGGGGCCGCGCUUUGCGGCCUGUCUGCGGGAAUUUUCUGGGCAGCUGAGGCAGCUAUUGCGCUCUCAUACCCCGAGCCAUACAACCAGGGGCGAUUCCUGGGGUUUUGGCUCAGCUUUCGCGUUGGAGGUCAAAUCCUGGGCGGCGUGAUCAGCCUGGCGAUCAACGCCCAUCGUUCUACCGCAGGAAGCAUCUCCUAUACCGUCUACCUGGUCUUCAUUGCGCUCCAGGCCCUCGGGCCAUUCGCCGGGCUGCUCUUGAAUAACCCAUCCCAGGUCCAGCGCAAGGAUGGAAUACCCGUCCAGCUCCAGGUCACUAACAGCGUGUGGUUCGAGUUGAUGAGUACGGCAAAACUCUUCAUCAGUCGCAAGUUCGUUUGCAUCAUUCCCCUCAUUUAUCAGGCAGUCUAUACCGAGGCGGUGAUGUUCACUUAUGAAGGUCUGUGGUUCACGGUGCGCGCGAGAGCGCUUGGCUCGUUCCUGGCGGGCGUGAUUGCCUUGGUUAUUGGGAACGUUCUUGGUGCGUUUCUGGAUAACAAGUCCAUUUCCCUGAAGACGAGAACUCGGUCUGCCUUUUUCUUUGUCAUCGCCUGGCAAGGAAUGUGUUGGACCUGGGCGUCGAUCGUGACAACCGAGUUCCAGAAAACGAAUCCGGUGUUCGACUGGGUUGACCCAGGCUUUGGGAAGGCUUUUGCCCUCUUCUUGUUUUGGGUUGUGGGGUUCCAGAUCAACUAUAUGUACCUGUUCUUUUUGGUCGGCAAUCUGGCUGACGACCAUGAAGAGGUGGUGCGGAUUGCAGGCCUGUUGCGUGGGACCGAGUCUGCGGCUCAGACUGUCAGCUAUGGCCUGAGCAGCGUGUCCAUCAUGGCCUCGGUGGGGGAUGUAUACCUCAAUUUUGGCCUGUGGGCCGUUGCGAUCUUUCCUGCAUGGCUCAUCAUUAGAGAGGUUGGCAAGAAGUUUGGGGACAAAAAGAUUGAUAGAGAAACCCGUGCUACACGA